AUGACUGAAUCACUAAUGCUCAGGGACUCCAGCAUGGCUGGCUAUAUGUCCAGCAAGAAAACUAGGGAGAUCAACCCAGAGAAUCCUAUCAUGGAGGAGUUGAGGAAGCGAGCAGAUGCUGACAAGAAUGACAAAUCAGUCAAGGACCUGACACUUCUGCUGUUUGAGACUGCUCUCCUCACCUCUGGUUUCAGCUUGGAUGACCCCAAUACUUUUGGCAACAGGAUCCACCGCAUGCUGAAAUUAGGUCUCAGCAUCGAUGAGGAUGAAAAGGUUGAAGACACUGACAUGCCUACGCUUGAGGAUGCUGCUGAUGCCGAAGAGAGUAAGAUGGAGGAAGUGGACUAA